CCCUACAAUAAGAAUAAUAAAACACUGGUGAGCCCGAUAGCCCAUCAUACCCGAAGUUGAGUGAAACUCACAACAAAAAAUGCUAAAUUUUAUACUCCAAAUCUCAUAAUUGUCAUACAUAAAAAAAACUGAUAAAUCUUUCAUUAGCAAGGGGUCCAUUAGUAGCCUCAGGAAUAGCAAAGAGGCUCAGCCAGGACGAAUCUGAAGUGCAAAUCAUCUACAGAAGUCUUUAAUUUUUCGGCAGCAAUUUUCAUUUGUUAUUUGCGAGGCUGAAUGUUCUGUAAGACGAAUCUUCUCAAAUUUCUUGCUAAUUUAUCCUUAGAUUUUAUUUAGUUACUGUAAUUUAUUCAAACACAAGAGUCAGUACCGGCUUUGUCCAGGCGGACAAUUCAUAACUGGGUAAGCAUUGAACCUCAAUUCAAUAGCACCAAUUUGCUCAAUCCCUAAAUAAAAGGGACAGAAAAAGAAAUAAAGAAAAUCAUUAUCCCAUCUGUUCAAAUAGCUGCUAUCUGGUUUGCACGGUGUACAAAUCUAUCGAAAAAGAGUACCCAAUUACUCAGAAACCAGAAAUUUCUUACUGUGCUAUUCAAAAUUCAGCAUGCACCCGAUCAAACUGUCGCAAUUAGUCUCACAUACUGUGCAAAUCUAUUGAAAGAGAAUAUCCACUUGCUUAUACAUAGAACAGGACUUAGUUUUCUAUAGAAAAAUCUGCGCCCAUCUAUUGAAUAGGUGCAAUUUUUUUUUACAUAACCAAUAUUUGAAAAGAGCACCCGAUUGCCUAGACCUCAAAAAAUUCUUAAUGUCUUACACAGUUGCAUACAAAUCCAUCCUCAUUCCUCACCAUAUUGGUCAUACCCAAAGGGUAAAGAAUGCAUUUGCUACUAUAUCCAAAGCCUCUUUUCUUUAUCAAUUUCCUGAACUUCAGUCAAAAAAUGGAAGUUGGUCUAAAUUUAGAACCAGCCCAAGUCCAGUUAAAGGAAGUUUGAGGGCGUUCAGGUGCAAUUCUUCAGUUAGUAUCGUGGAAAAUAAUACAUCAGAUGCAUCAAUAACAUUACAGACCAGGCCUUCCCCAGCAGAAACCUGUAGAACUUUAAUGGAGUUGUGCUUAGAAGGUACACUUUGUACACUAGCUGAAGAUGGGUGGCCUUUCGGCACAGGUGUUGAGUUUGCAGUAGAUGUUCAGGGAAUGCCUGUGAUCUAUUUGGACCCUUUGUCUGUGCUGGCUCGACAUGUAUUACUUAACAAAUGUUGUAGCCUACAUGUUCAGUUGGAGCAGCCUAGGUGUCGAAAGGCGCAAUGCACACUAAUAGGCUCCCUUUCAAGGCAAGAAGACAAAAAACUCAAACAGAGACUACAAUUGAUGUGGGCAAGGAGAUUUGGCAAGGAAGUAAAUGAGGAUCAUCUAUAUGUUCUAGCUGUGGAAAGGAUCCUCCAAUCACAGGACUUGUGUGAGGAGGGUCUUUGGGUGAAUGCUUUGGACUAUUCAAGAGCAAGUGCCGAUCCACUUCGUGACCGUGUUGCAAAUAUAGUGAAGGAUAUGAAUGAUAAGCACCUGGAAGACAUUCAUCGCAUAUGCAAUAUUUACACUGAUUUGGAUGCUGAGAUUGAGGAAGCUAGCAUGAUAUGGAUUGAUAGAUUAGGCUUUGAUUUAAGCAUCCGAACUCAUCCACAGAGAGAGAUACUGGAGGUUCGUAUUCCAUUCCCAAGAGAAGUCACAGAUGAAAAGGAUGCUAAAUCUUCAUUGACUUACAUGGCACAGAUAGCUUGGGAAGUUGAGAAAAACUAUGCUCCUCUGGACUUUGAAAGGGUUAAGUGCAUGUCGAAAUUAAGAUGACAAAUAUUUGAUAGAAAUCAUCUUUUUGAGAGAAACUAAAACCUGCUUCUCCUCUUUUCAUUUUUCGAGUGGUGUAGAGAGGGCAUAAAAUCUUAAAUUCUUAUUCUUGUCAAGAUAUAUGGUUUAAUUCUAUUAUUCCCUAUCUGUGAAAUUUAUAUUCACCAUAUCACUGUUAUCCUUAUACAAGUGGUCUCAAACUUUGGUCAUGGAAGCCUAAUGCACUUACCUGUUGAUGUCUUAAUUUUUAACACUCCAGUGGGAAUUGCAAAAUAUAUUUCAUGGUUGGUUUCUCAGAAAAUGUUGAUUUUUGGUACUGUUGUUGCUCAUUUAUAGACAUUAAUGUAAUUUUCACUUUAUUAUUU